AUUAAUUCUCACUUGUUAUCCGUUUUAGUACCCCCCCCCUAAACAAGCUCAAUUCUCUCACACUUUCUUAGCUAAGACCGGAAAAGAAAAUAAAGAGUGGUAAAGGAAGUGCGAGAAAUUUAGGUAAAAAAAGAAAAGAGAAAAAAAAAAUGGGGAGAGGGAGAGUUGAGUUGAAGAGAAUUGAAAACAAAAUCAACAGGCAAGUCACGUUUGCAAAGAGAAGAAAUGGGUUACUUAAAAAAGCUUAUGAGCUCUCAGUUCUUUGUGAUGCUGAGGUUGCCCUUAUCGUCUUCUCUAAUCGUGGCAAGCUCUAUGAGUUUUGUAGCAGCCCUAGCAUGACGAAAACACUUGAAAAAUACCAGAAGUGCAGUUACAGUACACUUGACAACAGCCGAUCAAUCAGUGAAACUCAGAACAGUUAUCAAGAAUAUUUGAAGCUGAAAGCAAGAGUUGAGGUGCUACAAAGAUCUCAAAGAAACCUACUUGGUGAAGAUUUAGGGCCAUUGGACUCAAAGGAACUUGAUCAACUUGAACAUCAAUUGGAGGCAUCUUUGAAGCAAAUAAGAUCAACCAAGGUUCAAGCCAUGCUUGAUCAGCUCCAUGACCUUCAUAACAGGGAGAAACUGCUAGUGGAUGCCAACAAAUCCUUGAGAAGGAAGUUGGAGGAGUUGAGCACACAAGUUCCUCAAGGGCUAGCAUGGGACAACAUUGGAGGGCCAAGCAUUCCACCUUACAAUCGCCUCACAGCAGCUCAAUCUGAGGCAUUUUUUCACCCUCCUGGGGCCAAUUGCUCUUCACAAAUCGGAUAUAGCAAUGAUGUGGUUUCGGAUGAGAUGAAUGGGGCAGUGCAUAGCCAAAAUGUGAACGGGUAUUUCCCAGGAUGGAUGCUUUAAUUAUAUCUAGCUACCUACUUUUCAUUAUUUAUUUAAACAAAAAUUAACGCAACUUGUAAUUAUAUUUGUAUGAAUGACAAUAAACAUAAACAUGAACAUAUAAUAAAUUGUAAGGACUUAAUUUCA